AGUAGUUUUAUUGAUGACAAAUCAAAAUUUCUAUGAAGUGUGAUUAUAUGGUGAUCAAUGCUGUUUUUGGGAUUAGCUUUACAUUAUUUUUUGGCUUUUAGAAUGUAACGUUAAUUAACGCUUUUUAAAAAAUUAGUUGCUGCUAGCCUGCUACCAUUACAGCGACAGUGUAUUUCACGUGCCAACAAGCUUCUGUUUGAAUGAUUCUAGUAGAAUUUUAUUGUUUCCAUUGAAAAUCGAUAAACUGUAAUGCAACUAACCUACGUAGCUCUCUUAAUUUUCUCCGGCUUCUAUUUUUUUAAAAUCAACUACUUUAAUUUUCAAGUUUCCAACAUGUAACAAAAAAAUGCAAGGAAAAAAAAAUAAAGUAAGCAAGACCUUGUGUGGCUGGGGGUUCGAACUCCACUUUCCCUAUUAUUAAUUUGUCAAAUAAAAAGAAAAUGGAAAAAAGAAAUCACAAAUGAAUGUUGGAUAAUUAUGCUUGCCACCCAAGAUAACUAGUUUUGCUUGGCAAAUUCAAAUUCCUCCAAUCUAAUCACCGGGACAGGAGCAAGAACACGAGAUCAAAGAUGAUUACUCGUCGUCAUAAUCUGAAAUGCCAUCGGAAUCACCGGAGAAAAUAGCAGUGGCACAUGCAUGGUUUGGCCGUAGGUUGGUUUCUAGUUUCCUUCUUCACCUUUGGCAUUUGUCUGUUGUAGUUUGCUCAAUCAAUUACCCGUAAAUUAGCAGAAUUAAGUUGUAACCUGUAAAAACUAACAAAAAUCAGACAAUCCUUUAAAUAAAAAUAUAUUUAUGUCGCCGGCGAAACCUGUUUCUUGUUGGUUACUUUUGCCCAUUCAUUAUUUACUAUUAUUAGGGUUUUAAAACCCAGAUGAUCACUUGUUCCUUAGAUUCUGUUACCUAAACAGUAAAAGAAGAAUAAAUUCAUAUAAAAGAAUCAAAUCUUUGUAAUCCAUCUCCGAUCACAUUGCUCCUGGAAUCUUUUUUUUGAUCUGUUUCAUUGAGGGUUUGUCAUCAAUGGAGGAGUUUGGAGAUAAUAAGAUGCUUUACUUGAGAGACACAUGGAGACAAGGAACCAUGAUCUGUGACGUCUUACCUAUCAACCCUAGCUCCAAUGGUGUUUGGCCGGAACCAAAAUUCUCAGAUCCUAACAUUAAUGUUCAUUUCUGGAAUUACACGUUUCCACACUUGCAAAUGAUAUUUCUCAUCAUCUCUUUCCUCUGGCAAUUCUUGCAUUUCUUCCUCCGACGUCUCGGCAUGAUCCGUUUCACUUCUCAUAUGCUUACUGGUGUUCUUUUAAGCAAGUCUUUUCUAAAGGAGAAUUCAGCGGCCAGAAGAUUCUUUUCUACAGAGGAUUACAAAGAGAUUGUGUUUAGUCUCACUGCUGCUUGUUCUUACAUGAUGUUCUGGUUCUUGAUGGGAGUUAAAAUGGACAUGGGUUUGAUCCGAACCACGGGAAGAAAAGCCAUUACCAUAGGGAUCUCCUCUGUUUUACUUUCGACGUUAGUUUGUUCCGUUAUCUUCUUCGGAAACUUGAGGGACGUUGGAACCAAGAACUCGGAUCAUACUCUCAAUUCAUUGGAGACUGUUGUGAUUUACUCGAUUCAAUGUCUUUCGUCUUUCCCCGUUGUUGGAAACCUUCUUUUUGAGCUCAGGCUACAGAACUCAGAGCUUGGUCGUUUAGCGAUGUCUUCUGCUGUGAUAAGUGAUUUCAGCACCUCGGUUCUCGCUUCUGCUCUCAUCUUUAUGAAGGAGCUUAAGGACGAACAAACACGGCUCGGGAGCGUGUUUAUAGGUGAUGUUAUUGCUGGGAAUCGUCCUUUGAAGCGAGCAGCGAUAGUGGUUCUCUUUGUUUGUCUUGCCAUCUAUGUUUUCAGACCUUUAAUGUUCUACAUUGUUAAACAAACGCCUUCCGGUCGUCCCGUUAAGGCAAUCUACUUAACUACAAUCAUUGUUAUGGUCUCUGGAUCAGCCAUUCUUGCGAAUUGGUGCAAGCAAUCUAUUUUCAUGGGACCUUUCAUCUUAGGUCUUGCAGUUCCUCAUGGUCCUCCUUUAGGUUCUGCAAUCAUUCAGAAGUACGAGUCCGCUAUAUUCGGAACUUUUAUUCCGUUUUUCGUUGCUUCAUCUUCCACGGAGAUUGACAUUUCGGCUUUAUUUGAUUGGGAAGAUCUCAGUGGCAUUAUUCUCAUCAUGAUAACAUCUUUCGUUGUCAAAUUCAUCUUGACUACUGUUGCUGCUUUGUUCUAUCGUAUGCCGAUGGAAGACUGCUUCGCUAUAUCUCUUAUCAUGUCUUUUAAAGGCAUCUUCGAGCUCGGUGCCUAUGCCUUGGCCUACCAAAGAGGGUCUGUCCGUCCAGAGACCUUCACUGUCGCGUGUCUUUACAUAAUGUUGAAUUCCGCAAUCAUUCCUCCGAUCUUGCGGUACUUAUACGAUCCUUCGAGGAUGUACGCGGGGUACGAGAAGCGGAAUAUGCAGCACCUGAAACAAAACUCUGAGCUAAGGAUUCUGUCUUGCAUUUACAGAACCGAAGAUAUAAGUCCAACGAUCAAUCUUCUCGAAGCUACUUGUCCGUCCCGGGAAUCUCCUGUAGCAUCCUACGUCCUCCACUUGAUGGAGCUGGUAGGACAAGCCAAUCCGAUUUUCAUUUCUCACAAAUUGCAAACUCGCAGAACAGAGGAGACGUCUUAUUCAAACAAUGUACUUGUCUCCUUUGAAAAAUUCCACAAAGAUUUUUAUGGCUCGGUCUUCGUAAGUAUCUACACGGCCUUAUCUAUGCCUGAUACAAUGCACGGAGACAUCUGUAUGCUUGCUCUUAACAACACUACUUCCCUCAUACUCCUUCCUUUUCACCAAACUUGGUCUGCUGACGGAUCCGCUCUCAUCUCAAACAGCAACAUGAUCAGGAACCUUAACAAGAGCGUUCUCGACGUGGCACCGUGUUCUGUCGGAAUCUUUGUAUACCGAAGCAGUUCCGGACGGAGAACCAUCAAUGACACCGUUUCAAACUUAUCAUCUUACAAUAUAUGUAUGAUCUUCCUAGGCGGUAAAGACGAUAGAGAAGCAGUGACACUUGCAACACGAAUGGCCCGUGACCCGAGAAUCAACAUAACUGUUGUCCGAAUGAUCACUACCGAUGAGAAAGCACGAGAAAACUCAGAGUGGGAUAAAAUGCUUGACGAUGAAAUACUUAGAGAAGUGAAGAGCAAUACAUUAGUAGACAUUUUCUACUCGGAGAAAGCGGUUGAAGACGCGUCUGAGACAUCGGGUUUGCUGAAAUCGAUGGUAAGCGAUUUCGAUAUGUUCAUAGUGGGAAGAGGGAAAGGAAGGAAGAGUGUGUUCACAGAUGGGCUUGAGGAAUGGAGUGAGUUUAAGGAGCUUGGUAUUAUUGGGGACUUAUUGACUUCACAGGAUUUUAAUUGCCAAGCUUCUGUUUUGGUUAUACAACAACAACAGCUAAUGAUUUAGGUUCUUAUGUAAACAAUCAUUUUGCAAUUUUACCCUUUCAUUAUAGUCUUAGAUAUUUAAUUGUAAGAAAAAGUAUUCUUUUGUAAA